CUCAGAGCCUCUGUGAGUCUGUGCCUCCUCUUACCUUCUCUCUAUCUUAGAAGACUCCACAUACGGAACCACUCCAUGCCACCAAGAAAGGUAUUUUAAGCAUUGCGACACAUGUGGAUAAUUUAACUGACGCCACUGGCUCCCUCUCAGGCUGAUCCUGGUUUGUCUCAGCAUCUGUUCUCCUCCACAUUUUGAAAGAAAACUGAAAAUGGUAUUUCCAGUAAGGACACUAAAGAGACAAAUCUUUAUCUUUUUAAAUAUGACCUUAGUUUCUAGAGUCCUUGGGUCUCGAUGGUUUCCCAAAACUCUACCUUGUGAUGUCAGUCAAGAUAGCACAAUGACCUAUGUGUCCGUGGACUGCACAGACAAGCAUUUGACGGAAAUCCCUGAGGGCAUUCCUACUAACACCACCAACCUCACCCUUACCAUCAACCACAUACCAAGCAUUUCUCCAGACUCCUUCCGUAGGCUGACCCAUCUGGAAGAGAUUGAUUUCAGAUGCAACUGUGUACCUAUUCUACUGGGGUCCAAAGUCAAUGUGUGUACCAAAAGGCUUCAGAUUAGACCUGGAAGUUUUAGUGGACUCUCUGACUUAAAAGCCCUGUAUCUGGACGGAAACCAACUUCUAGAGAUACCUCAGGAUCUCCCAUCCAGCUUACAGCUUCUGAGCCUCGAGGCCAACAAUAUCUUCUCCAUCACAAAGGAGAAUCUAACAGAACUGGCCAACAUUGAAGAACUCUAUCUGGGUCAAAACUGUUAUUAUCGCAAUCCUUGCAAUGUUUCUUAUUAUAUCGAAAAGGAUGCUUUCCUCGUUAUGAAAAAUUUAAAAGUUCUCUCGCUGAAAGAUAACAAUGUCACAGCUGUCCCCACCACUUUGCCAUCUAAUUUAAUAAAACUCUAUCUUUAUAACAACAUCAUUACAAAGAUCCAAGAAGACGAUUUUAAUAACCUCAAGCAAUUGCAAAUUCUUGACCUAAGUGGAAAUUGCCCUCGCUGUUACAAUGUCCCAUAUAUGUGUACACCGUGUGAAAAUAAUUCCCCCUUGCAGAUCCAUGACAAUGCUUUCAAUUCAUUGACAGAAUUAAAAGUUUUACGUCUCCACAGUAACUCUCUUCAGCAUGUGCCUCAAGCAUGGUUUAGAAACAUGAAAAACCUCCAAGAACUAGACCUCUCCCAAAACUACUUGGCCAAAGAAAUUGAAGAGGCCCAAUUUUUGAAGCUUCUCCCCAACCUUGUCCAGUUGGAUCUGUCUUUCAAUUAUGAGCUGCAGGUCUACCACGCAUCUAUAACUUUACCACACUCGCUCUCAUUGCUGAAAAACUUAAAAAUUCUGCAUAUAAAGGGCUAUGUCUUUAAAGAGCUGAAAAACUCUAGCCUAUCUGCAUUGCACAAUGUUUCCAGUCUCGAAGUUCUUGACCUUGGCACUAACUUCAUAAAAAUUGCUGACCUCAACAUAUUCAAGAUAUUCAAACAGUUUAAAAACCUCAAACUCAUAGACCUUUCGAUGAAUAAAAUAUCCCCUUCUGAAGAGCCAAGGGAACUUGGCUCCUGUCCUAAUGCCAGAACUUCUGUAGACCGCCAUGGGCCCCAGGUCCUUGAGACCUUGCAUUAUUUCCGGUAUGAUGAAUAUGCACGGAGCUGCAGGAACAAAACCAAAGAGUUGCCUACUUACUUACCUUUGAAUGAAGACUGCCACAAAGAUGGAAAGACCUUAGACCUAAGUAGAAAUAAUAUAUUUUUUAUCAAGCCCUCUGAUUUUCAGCAUCUUUCAUUCCUUAAAUGCCUCAACUUGUCAGGAAACACCAUUGGCCAAACUCUUAAUGGCAGUGAAUUCCAGCCCUUAAGAGAGCUGCAAUACUUAGACUUCUCCAACAACCGACUUGAUUUACUCUACUCCACAGCCUUUGAGGAGCUCCACAAACUGGUAGUUCUGGAUUUAAGUAGCAACAGUCACUACUUUCAAGCAGAAGGAAUUACUCACAUGCUGAACUUCACCAAGAAACUACGGUCUCUGAAGAAACUCAUGAUGAAUGACAAUGACAUCUCUACCUCUGCCAGCAGGACCAUGGAAAGCAACUCUCUUGAAAUUCUGGAAUUUAGAGGCAAUCAUUUGGAUGUUCUAUGGAGAGAUGGUGAUAACAGAUACUUGGCCUUCUUCAAGAAUCUGUUGAAAUUGGAGGAAUUAGAUAUCUCCAGGAAUUCGCUGAGUUCCUUGCCUCAUGGGGUGUUUGAGGGAAUGCCACCAAAUCUAAAGACCCUCUCCUUGGCAGAAAAUGGUAUCAAACAUUUCCCUUGGGAAAAACUCCAGCUACUGAAACAUCUACAAAAUUUGGACCUCAGCCACAACCUGCUGACGACUGUCCCUAAGAGGUUAGCCGACUGUUCCAAAAAUCUCACGAAGCUGAUUCUUAAGCAAAAUCAUAUCAAGCAUUUGACAAAUUACUUCCUAGAAGAUGCUUUUCAGUUGCGUUAUCUAGACCUCAGUUUAAAUAAGAUUCAGGUCAUUCAGAAGACUAGCUUCCCAGAAAAUGUCCUCAAUAAUUUGAAUAUGUUGCUUUUACAUCGCAAUCACUUUCUGUGCAACUGUGAUGCUGUGUGGUUUGUCUGGUGGGUUAAUCAUACACAUGUUACCAUUCCUCACCUGGCCACUGAAGUGACUUGUGCCGGACCAGGAGCACACAAAGGUCAGAGUGUCAUAUCCCUGGAUCUGUAUACGUGUGAGUUAGAUCUCACGAACCUGAUUCUGUUCUCAGUUUCCAUUUCUUCAGUCCUCUUUUUGAUGGUAGUCAUGACAACAAGUCAUCUCUUUUUCUGGGAUAUGUGGUACAUUUACUAUUUCUGGAAAGCCAAGAUAAAGGGCUACCAGCGUCUGCAAUCCAUGGAAUCUUGCUAUGAUGCUUUUAUUGUGUAUGACACUAAAAAUUCAGCUGUGACGGAGUGGGUUUUGCAGGAGCUGGUGGCUAAACUGGAAGAUCCAAGAGAGAAACAUUUUAAUUUGUGUCUAGAGGAAAGGGACUGGCUACCAGGACAGCCAGUUCUAGAAAACCUUUCUCAGAGCAUACAACUCAGCAGAAAGACAGUGUUUGUGAUGACCCAAAAAUACGCAAAGACUGAGAGUUUUAAGGUAGCCUUUUAUCUGUCCCAUCAGAGGCUCAUAGAUGAAAAAGUAGAUGUGAUGAUCUUGAUAUUCUUGGAGAAACCUCUGCAGAAGUCUAAGUUUCUUCAGCUCCGGAAGAGACUCUGUGGGAGUUCUGUCCUGGAGUGGCCUUCAAAUCCACAGGCUCACCCAUACUUUUGGCAGUGUCUGAAAAAUGCUCUGACCACAGACAAUCACGUAGCUUAUAGUCGGGUGUUCAAGGAAACAGUCUAGCUCUUUGCAGAAUGUGGUCACAUGUGGCAAGAGGCCUGGUUGCCUGAAUUUUUCAUAAAGGUUUCAAUAAAAGAAUGUCUGAAAAAAUUUCUAACAGCUGCCAUUGCUCAGAUCAGUGGGAAAUCAUCAAUAUAUGGCAGAGAAAACAGAAAAAAAGACAUUGGCAGGCUCGCAGCUUUCUUCUUUCUUUGUGGCACCAUCCGUAUUCAAAUAUCUUCCCCAGUUCAUCUAGAAAAUAUUUUGGGAAGAAGAGUGCCUAGGAAGAAACGUAGGCUCUGAUGUGUCUGCAUGCCAAUGAGAAGAAGCAUAGGCUCUGAUGUGUCUGCAUGCCAUUGAGAAGAACCUCACGUCUGCUCUUAAAAGUACCAGUAUUUUCAGUAGUCCAUAAAAAGUGGUCAAGCUCUGUCUCUCUGACUAAACUGAACCAAAGUUCAAUGAAAUAAAAGCAGAGAGAACUUCUCAACCAAUUGUGUCACCGCCAUGCGGCAUCCCCAGCACACACCAAAUGCUGGUACUGGACAGUUGGGAGCUGUUCAGUGCCUCCUAUUCAUUUCCCUAGGGUCCAUUGAUGGGCUCUGUGGGGAAAUAGAGGAAUAUUUUUGCCAUCCAUGGACAUGGUCAAUUUAUAACUGGAAAGAAAAAAUAUCCCCUCAGGAAAAAUUAUAUUCUUUGCAUUUGAUGACAAUUAUCUGCUG